GUAAUGUGGAGCGUGAGCUGCUUGCACAGCAGGGUCCACGGACACUGUCCAAGGAGGAUGAAGAGAAGUUGCUGAAGGAAGUGGCGCAGAUCGCGGAAAUCCCCACUAACCUGAGUCUAAGGCCAGAGUGCAGCAUCUGCCACCGUAGACUUCCAACGGAGCACCUGUUGAGCCUGCACCUCUCGGAGGCGCAUGACAGCUUCUUCGCCGCUCAGGCAGCCAAAAAACUGUGUGUGUUUGAGUGCCUGGUGGAGGGCUGCGGAAAGAAGUUCUGCGGCCCUCAGCAGCGCAAGCAGCACCUGAGAGACGUGCAUUGUUUCCCAAAGGGGUGA